AAGAUCUUAUCUUUCACAGUGACCUUUCCCCAAGAUCGACGGUCCUGAGUAAACUUACAGUUCUCAGUCUGCGUUACUUAUCCUUUAUAGCUCCUCUGUACUCUAACUCAGUAUUUUUGCAAACCAUGUCGCUCCGUGUGGGAUAUGUUAGGGAACACUUCUCAUCCCCUUUACUCCAGUAUGCACUGGCGGACCAGGAGAAAACAUUCACACUCGUUGAAUGUCCCAGCGGGACUGGCCAGCUGAUUUCUCGACUUACAAACGACGAGAUUGAUAUAGCCAUUGCACUUACGGACCCUUUGAUUUCUGGCAUCGCCAAAGGCUCACAAGCAUACAAGCUCGUAGGGAGCUACGUCUCCACCCCCCUUAACUGGGCAGUUAUCACUGGCAAAGACUCUAAGUACAAAGCUAUUACAGACUUGAAAGAUACUACCAUAGGUAUUUCGCGUCCUGGGAGUGGGAGUCAAACGAUGGCCUACGUCAUGGCCCUCCAACAAGGCUGGGACACAAGCAGCCUCAAGUUCCAAGUCAACAACGACAUCCAUGGCCUCAUCAAAUCAGUCAACGAUGACUCGACGAGCGCUUUCAUGUGGGAAUGGUUUACGACGAAACCAUAUGCCGAUUCUGGGGACGUUAGAUUCAUCGGCUCGGUGCCUACGCCCUGGCCUUCGUGGAUGAUCGCCGCUCAUCCUUCGGCAGAACGUGCCAACCCCUCCGCCGUGCGGGAGUUCCUUUCUAACCUAAGCGGGUACGUGAGGAGCUUUGGCUCGGAAGAGCAGCGCAAGAGUGCCAGCGUCGAAUUUAUCAAAGAUAAAUUUGGGUACCCCGAAGAAGAUAUUCGGGCAUGGCUGAAGACGGUCGCAUAUCCCUCCGACUGUGCGGAGAUACAGACGCAGGUGGUCAGCGACACUCUGAGAGUCCUCGAACAAGCCGGCGUAGUGUCAGCUCCAGAAGGCGGUUUCGAUCUUGCCCAGUUCUUCAACAUCGAGAUUGUCAAGCUGACGAGUGCUUGAGAGGGUUGACGAUCAAAUUAUAUUCAUAUUCAUUAAGUAUGUAAGCAAUAUGGCUAGACUGUAAGUAGAAAGGCGAUAAGUUGAAACCCGGGACUGGCCAAAGGGAUAGCUGACGGAAGUAAUGUUGGUUGGUACAGUUUGAUGUUCGGGGUAUCCGUGAAGAGUCUUUAUCCAUUGUGAUGGAGCGAAGUGAUAUAAGGGGCGAGAGUCAAACAGUCGUUUUCCUUUGAUCAACAUAGCUCAAAGGUAGAAAGGUUGAAUGUUGUUCUUGGUAUCUCAACGGCGAUGAGGGGCGGUAAAUUCGAGAAAUGACGACUGGAACGCAACACUGUAGAGGCGGACAGCACUGACGCGGGUUUCAUGAUAGUUGGUGCCAACAUCAACGAAGAACCGCUUUCGCUGUCCCCAGCUGUCUCCGUCGGUUCUUGAGUAUAUGAUGAUCGUGUGGCAGAUUCAAUGACUUUGUUCGAGGUGUCGUAGGGCAUGAAGCGUAGUGAUUCGAGAGUAGAUCCAAACAUGACAGCCGGGCGCGAAGUGUGCUUGUGCAGGGAAAUAGUACAUACGUGAAAAGGUUUUC